AUGGCAGCGUACCCUCCUGUGGCACCUGCAAAUGGAGCAAAUUUCACUCAAGUAAUCCGCAACGAUACAUACCCAUUCAUCGACUCAAGGACCAACCCAAAUCAUAUCGGCAGGGCUGUUUUCGUGACCGGCGGCAAUCGAGGCAUCGGAAAGGCCAUUGCCAUAUCAUUUGCUCAAGCGGGUGCUUCAUUCAUUGGUCUCGGAUGUCCUGACGGCUUCGGGGAUCCUCCCGUCAGUAUCGAGAUCGAGAACGCAGCCAAGCAAUGCGGCAGAACUCCUCCCACUGUUCUCCUCCUUCAUUUAGACGUGACGGACAGUGCCUCUGUGGCGGCGGCAGCAGCCCAAGUCCAGAAGGCUUCGCCUCGGCUGGAUGUCCUGGUGAACAAUGCAGGGUUCAUGACCCCGGCACUGCCGAUAGUGGACGCCGAGACCGACUCGUGGUGGAAAACGCUGGAGGUCAACUUGCGAGGAACAUUCCUGAUGUGCAAGCACUUCACACCCCUCUUGAAUAGCACACAAGCCGGCCUGCAGACAAUCGUCAAUAUCAACUCGGUGGCGGCUCACAAUCUCCGCCCUCAGGCGAGUGCAUAUGGCACGUCCAAGUUCGCCGUCCUCAAAUUCACCGAGUUCCUGCUGGUCGAACAGAGAACGCAGGGGCUGCUCGCCUUCUCGGUGCACCCGGGGGGAGUGAUGACCCAGCUCGCCGAAGCAAUGCCCAGGGAAACUCAUGCGGGCUUUACUGAUAGUCCGUCGUUGGCUGGUGACACGAUCGCGUUCCUCACGGGAGAACGACGAGAAUGGCUUGCCGGGAGGUAUCUUAGCUGUACUUGGGACAUGGAGGAGCUGUUGGAAAGGCAAAAGGAGAUAGAGGAGGGUGACAAGCUGAAAGUGCGGCUUGUCCUGUAG